AGGAGAUUCCCUUUUAUUAGUAACGGUGUAACGGAUAGUUUCCCUUUCAUCUUUCAAAAUCAUUACCCCUCCAGGAAUAGCAUCCCUAACGAUCGAUCCUCACCUCCUUUCUUCAUCUUCAUCGCUCCCCAAGACACUAAGAACUUCUUUUAUCGAUCUUUCUCGCUCUUCUCGUAUAAUUGAGUCCGAAUCCUGGAUUUGAAUCGACAAGCGCGCUGCGUAUCACAUUUAGUUACUGUGAAUUCAACAACAAAAAUCUCGGGCAUAGAUUGUCAGUUCCGGUUCGACCUUCUUCCGGAAAAUGGAUUUGGGUUGUUUUGAAAGUUGCAUCGAAAAGAAGAGAGGCUUUAGCAAUCAGACUCUGUCUCAUUCCGAAUCCUGCAGCCCUACGGCCUCUUUACCAUCCAUUUCCAAACUUGGCAAGAAUAAGACUAUGAAAGAAGGUAUAUAUGCAAGCUUGGUUUCUUUAAACAAAAAUGCAUCACAAAUCAGGAAGCCUCCACAUAGGAAAGCCCCUCCUCUGAAUUGGUUCCCUCGACAAAAGGUUGAUUCUUAUUUGAAGAGGAAGUUAAAAUUACUCCAGGAAGUAGAUGGCAUGAAUUCAACACUAGAUGAAACUUUGGGUGAUUCUAACCCUCAUUAUUCAAGAGUGUUGAGAGAAAAAAUUGCAGUAAGGGAGGCUGCAGAGAAAGCAAUGGAGGCUCGCAAGGCUGCCAUGGUUGAGGCAUCUUGGUGUAGAAUUCUUAAGGCAGCCAGAAUUGAUACUAAACAAGCAGAAGAGCGUUUGAUGAAGGCCGAGAAAACUUCAGAAGAAGCUUUUGAAGCUGCUACUGCAAUUGGAGUGAUAUUAUAUGACACUCCAGAAGCUUCCCAGAAACACUAUAACAUUGAAAUAUCAGCCGAAAAGGCAGGAGGGUCUGCCAUGCACACUGUUAGAACAUCUUUUGAGACUGCAUUUGAGGUGGAUAAACAAGUAGCUUUUGCGGUAAAGUCUGCCCUUAUCAACCUUGCAAAUUGCCCUUCCACAAAUAAAGAUGAAUUUAAGGAACUUCUGCGAAAAAUCAGUCAAAACCCUGAUACAGAUGAAAAUAGUCAAGAAUUUUCUUCAGAAUAUGAUUCUGAUAAUGCAUCUGAGUUGGAGUUUAAGAAGAGGGAGGUUUCUCACAAGUUUAGGAUGACAAAGAUUGUAGAAAUGAUGAUGGAAAGACUGAGGUGUUUAGAAGAAGAUGACCUUGCAUCUCUUGCUACUAUAGUUGCAACUUGUGGGUUAAAUGCUGCUCUCGAAGAGGCUGGAAACCAGAAACUGCAUAGCAAACUGGAACCAGUAUUUCAUCAGAAAUCAAACCCGGAACCACUUCAAAAUGUGGGUGAGACCCCACUUCCAGGCCUGGACAAGUUUUUGGUAAAGCGGAUGACAAGGCUGGAAAGGGAGGUUCUAGAAGCCAAAAUGACAAACAGGAAAGUAGAGAGUGAAGGUAAAAGAUGCCCACCUCCUUAUGCUAAUUCUUCCCAUUCAAGCCAAAAUUAUUCGGAUCUUGGAAGUUCUCUUCUAAAGCCUAUUUCAAAACUUGAGAAGGAAAUUGAAGAAGCAAAAAAGCACUCAGACUCAUUAAUUGGAAGCAUGAGUAAGCCUUCACAUAGAAAACAAGAUUUAAUGGAUGAGAUUCCCAGCCUAGACAAGUUCCUAGUGAAGCAUGUGUCAAAACUUGAAAAAGAGGUGCAAGAAGCAAAAAACAGAAAUAAGAACAGUGACACUUCUUCUGCAUGUGGUAGAGGUGCAGGACUGGGGAAAGAAAACAUUGAGCAGAACAAGAACAUAGUAGAUGCAGAACUUGAAGGAAGUAGUAAAGUGUCCCUGGACAAGGUUUUAGUGAAACCAAUUCACCGUCUGGAGAAGAUGAAAAUGCAAGAUGAAUCGUCUUCAUCAAUAGCUGGUGGUGUCCCGGUGAGAUCUCAGAGGAGAAAGGUCAAUUGUGAUGAUGACAAUGGGCUGGAUAAAAUACUUGUGAAGCAUGUGUCCAAGUUGGAGAAGGAGAAGUUGGCAGCGGCUCUGGAAGUAGUAGAGAAGGAAAAGGUGACAAGUGUGAGAAGGAAGGGAGUGGUACUGAGCAAUGAAGAGGGUAGUAGUUUGGAUCAGGUGUUGGUGAGGAGGGAUAAUAUAUGUAGUAGUAAAUUAGAGGGGGGAAAGAUAGAAGAACUCCAACAAGAAGGAAAUGAUGAACAAAUUAUCAGUAGGCAUUCAGUUUCUAGGAGAGAAGCUAGGGAGAGAGAGAUGCAACAAGCAUGGGGAGGAUUAAGUCUUGGUAAUUCCAUCCGUCCUCAUCUCUCCAGGCUUCAGAGGGAUAAGGCUGCUUGGAUGGAAGCUGAAGAAAAAGAAAGGAGAAAAGCAGCCACAGAGGUGUGAAAUUGAAAGCGCAUUUGACUUUUAGGAUGCAUAGUUGAGGUGACGCUUUACCGAUGUUUGAUCGCCUCUGGUCCAACAGAUUACUAACUCUGUCUACUUACACAAUGAGAAGAAGAAGAAGAUUGGAGUGUCAUUUACUCUAUUCUAUGGUGUAUUUUUUGGUAAAAAGUUACAGGUUAAAGGUUUACCCUUCCACAUUUGGUUAAAAGAUCUAUGAACUAAUGCAGCACUCUAUUACAAAUAAUAUCGAUUGUAAUGCGUUAUGGAGUAGAUACUUAUACAGGUGUUUGCAGACAACAUUGAGUCCUAAGAGUGGAGCGACG